UCUUAAACAUGAUGAUGCGCUAUUGUUUUCUUCGUAUUUUCAAUUCAUUCUUUAUUUUCUCUUCAUAUUUCAUUUUCACAUCUUCUCUACAUAUUUUCUCAUCAUUCUGCAUUCGGACAAUCAAUACCUCUAAAGCGAUGAUGCUCGGAAAUCAACAAAGAGAUGACCCCGAGGCGAUAUCUAGAGCCUCUUGUAUGGAAGGAAAGUACAGACCCGGUACCCUCGUGUGGGCGAAAGUCUUCGGAUAUCCAUAUUGGCCCGCAGUGAUCGAGGGUGAUCCUGAUGAAGGCACCUACAGCAAAGACCUCACAACAUCACCGCCUUUAACCCAACAACCUAAAUUUAAUGUGCUGUAUUUAGCACCAUAUGCUAAAGGAAGUGAAGAACCACUAUAUUACAGGGCCCGAAUCAUGCAAAUACAGUCUACUAAAGUUUCUGUUUUUUAUGUGGAUUUUGGCAAUGUGGAAUGUAUUGAUAUUUCUGAGUUAUGACCGAUUCCGAAAACAUCACCCGAUGUACUGAAUACAGAAUGUUUGGUGUAAUCCUAAAGUUCUUGUAGCUCAUUUUGCAAAUUGCUGAUCCU